AUGUCAUCUAACGAUUCUUAUUCGUCACCCCUCUCAUCCCGUUAUGCCUCGAAAGAGAUGGCCCAAUUGUUCUCUCUGAGAACUAGGUUUUCGACCUGGAGAAAACUUUGGUACACUUUAGCUGUUGCUGAGAAGGAGCUUGGCAUUGAGGCCAUCACUGAUGAAGCUAUUCAACAAUUGAAGGACAACUUGGUAGUUACUGAUGAAGACAUUGAGGCUGCUUCCAAGCAGGAGGCUAUUGUCAGACACGACGUUAUGUCCCAUGUCCACGUCUAUGGAUUAAAGGCUCCUGCUGCUGCUGGUAUUAUCCACUUGGGAGCUACUUCUUGUUAUGUUACUGACAAUGCUGAUUUAAUUUUCCUUAGAGACGGUCUUGAUCUGCUGAUCCCUAAGUUGGUUAACGUUAUUGACCGUUUGUCCAAAUUCGCUCUUCAAUACAAGGAUCUGCCAGUUCUUGGUUGGACCCACUUUCAACCUGCUCAAUUGACAACUGUCGGUAAGAGAGCUACUCUUUGGAUUCAAGAGCUUUUGUGGGAUUUGCGUAACUUGCAAAGAGCCCGUAACGAUCUUGGUCUUCGUGGUGUUAAGGGCACUACUGGUACUCAAGGUUCAUUCUUGUCUCUUUUCCACGGAGACCAUGACAAGGUUGAGGAGCUUGAUCAAAGAGUUGUUGAGAUGCUUGGCUUUGACUAUGCUUACCCAUGUACCGGUCAAACUUACUCCCGUAAGAUUGACGUCGAUGUCUUGGCUACCUUGGCUUCUUUGGGUGUUUCUGCUCACAAGUUCGCUACUGAUAUUAGACUUCUUGCCAACCUUAAGGAAAUUGAAGAGCCUUUUGAGAAGUCUCAAAUUGGUUCCUCUGCUAUGGCCUAUAAGCGUAACCCUAUGAGAAGUGAGCGUGUUUGUUCUCUUGCUCGUCACCUACAAUCCACCUUCCAAGAUGCUACUUCUACUGCCUCUGUACAAUGGUUCGAGAGAACUUUAGACGAUUCUGCUAUCCGUCGUGUAUCCAUCCCCUCUGCUUAUCUCACUGCUGACAUUGUUCUUUCUACUAUGCUCAAUAUCGUGUCAGGUCUUGUCGUAUAUCCUAAGGUAAUUGAGAGACGUAUCAACUCGGAACUUCCUUUCAUGGCCACUGAAAACAUCAUUAUGGCCAUGGUCGAGCGUGGAGGUGAUCGUCAAGAAUGCCACGAGCAAAUUAGAGUGCUGUCGCACCAAGCUGCCAGUGUCGUCAAGGAACAAGGUGGAGAUAACGAUCUUAUUGAGAGAAUAAAGGCUACAGAGUACUUCGCUCCAGUAAAGAACGACCUAGAUGCCCUUCUCAACCCACAGACCUUCGUUGGUCGUGCUCCUCAGCAAACUGAAAAGUUCGUUAAGGUCACUGUCGCUAAUGCUCUCAAGGGUCUUGAAAAGCACAUCACUUCGGAGUCUGUUCAACUCCAAGUUUAA